AUUAAAAAAGUUGAUAGGACAAUUGAGAAAGAAUCAAUUUGUUUGCAUAUAUUUAUGUUUUUAUGUACAUAUAAUAAAUAAUACAUUCAAAAGCUCAACAACAACUACAGCAAAACUAUGGGAAGCCUCCUAAUUGACUUGUUUGAUUGGAUUAUCUGUCUAAACUAUUUAUCCAACUUAAAAUUAUUCUUUGUUUCGUAGGCCUCGAUUACGAGGGAAGAAUUAACAAAUUUCUUUGUUAAAUGAGAAGCAAAUACCUUCAAGGAAAAUGGCUCUCUCAAAACUCUUCUUCUUCCCCUUCUUCCUUUUGUUGUUUCUUCAACCAUCUACAAACGGUGAAACAUGCCAGCAGGUUUCCUGCCGUGAUGUAAUAGUUGACUUCCCUUUCCGGCUAAGAGACCAACCGGACUGCUGCGGCAAUCCCAAUUUCAAUCUCUCAUGCACAAACAAAUCCCGAACAAUGAUCACUUUUCCAUUUAGCGGUGAGUUUAUUGUCGACGCCAUCGGUUACUUAGCGACAAAUUUACUGAUCAGCGACCCAGAGAAUUGCAUUGCAAAACAUCUCCUUCAGGGUUUAGAUCUCUAUGGCACUCCUUUUGAGCCACAAUACCCUGAAAGCUACAUCUUUUUCAACUGUUCCUCCUUUGUAUCAAUAGACUAUCCUGCAAUAUAUAUUUCAUGCCUUAGCGAUACAAACUUUAUGGUUUUUGCAAUCCCCACAAUUGCUUACAAUCAGUCGACCUCGUUGGGGUCAUGUCUAGAAAUAGCAACGAUUUUCGUCCCCCUUCCGGUUCAAAAUUGGCCAUACUAUCUUAGUGAGCUUCUGUUAACAUGGGAAGAACCAGAUUGCCAGUCGUCAUGUAACUGUGAAAACCAUUCGAGAUAUUGCGAAUUCACCGGUGGAUGCAAUGAUUUCAAAAAGAAAAGUGGUCUUUCAAACGGUGCCAAAUAUGCCUUAAUUUUUUCCCUGGGAACACCCCUCUUCUUCAUUGUGGUGUUUAUUAUUCAUCACAAGCUCAUUGUCCAUGGUAAUGAUCAGCGCCACCAAUCCACUGUCGAAAUAUCCAGCUUGGCUGCAGAGCCGCAAUUAGCCGCUCGUACUGUAAAUGGCCUCGAUGGAUCAAGGAUUGAAGCCUAUCCAAUUACUUUGCUUGAUGAAAGCUGCCGGCUUCCAAGGCCUAAUGAUAAUACUUGUUCAAUAUGUCUAUCAGAAUAUCAAGCCAAAGAGACAAUAAGAACAAUACCUGAUUGCGAUCACUACUUUCAUGCUGACUGCAUAGAUGAGUGGCUUAGACUAAAUGCAGCAUGCCCUGUCUGUCGCAAAUCGCCAGAUCAAGAGUCUGCUUUAAUAAUCCAUUCUACAGUACCCUCUUCAUCAGCACCACCACCACCACUAUAGAUGAUUAAUUCUACAAAAAUGUUUGUA